AAUCACCUAGCUAGCUCAGCAUGGACGACCCACUCGCACCCAUCGCCCUGCUUAUCGACGAGCUCAAAUCAGACGAUGUGACCCUCCGCCUAAACGCCAUCCACCGCAUCUCUACCAUCGCCCUCGCCUUGGGACCGGAGCGUGCGCGCGAUGAAUUGAUCCCUUUCCUCCAAGACUCGCUAGAUGAUGAGGAUGAGGUAUUGCUCGCACUUGCUGAGGAGCUGGGCAGUGGAUUUGUGGAGUACCUCGGUGGGCCAGAAUAUGCCCAUCUCCUCUUGGGACCGCUCGAGAAUCUGGCUGCUGUCGAGGAGACGUGUGUUAGGGAGAAGGCAUCCGACUCGAUUACCAAGAUCGCCACAGUCCUCACCGAGCCCCAGAUUCAAGCACACUACCUUCCCUUGCUCAAACGACUCUCAGGAGGCGACUGGUUCACAUCCCGCACCAGUGCCGCAAGCCUCUUUGCCGCCAUCUACGGCAAGGUGGGAACGAGCACACAAGACGAGAUGAGAAAGAUGUUUGGAGCACUCUGCAAUGACGAUACGCCCAUGGUGCGCAGGGCAGCCGCGCGUGAUUUGGGGGCUUUCGCAAAAGAGCUCUCCCCCUCGUCCGUAAUCGCGGACAUGAUCCCCCUAUACCGCAAGCUCAGCACCGACGACCAGGACUCCGUGCGUCUCCUAACCGUCUCGGACUUGAUUGCCAUUGCCGAGAUCCUCCCGCACGCAGAGACAAAGACAUACCUCCUCGGCUCCAUCCGACAGGCUGUUUGGGACAAGAGCUGGCGGGUCAGGUACAUGGUGGCCGACCAUUUUGUUAAGCUCGCCAGCGCCGUGGGAGAGGAUGUGGUUAGGGAUGAUUUGGUUGCGGCAUUCGUGGCGCUACUGAAGGAUAAUGAGGCGGAAGUUAGGACCGCAGGGGCGGGACAGAUUCCUGGCUUCGCUAACCUGAUCACAACGGACAUCAUCCUCGCGCGUCUCCUUCCCUGCGUUCGCGAUCUCUCCACCGACACAUCCCAGCACGUCCGUGCCUCCCUCGGCACGCAGAUCAGCGGUCUUGCCCCUCUGCUCGGAAAAGACGCUACAAUCGAGCAUCUUCUCCCCUUGUUCCUCCAGCUCCUCAAAGACGAGUUCCCCGACGUGCGCCUCAACAUCAUCUCCAAGCUGGACCAGGUCAACUCGGUCAUUGGCAUCGAUUUGCUCAGUCAGAGCUUGCUGCCGGCCAUUGUCGAGCUGGCAGAGGAUAAACAGUGGAGGGUUAGGCAGGCUAUCAUUGAGUACAUCCCGCUACUGGCACAACAGCUCGGUGUGGAGUUCUUUGAUGAGCAAUUGAGCGGGCUGUGCAUGAGUUGGUUGGGGGAUACCGUUUUCAGUAUUAGGGAGGCGGCUACUGUCAACCUCAAGAAGCUGACAGACGUAUUCGGCGUCACCUGGUCGUCGACCAGUAUAAUCCCCAAAGUCCUUCAAAUGGGACAUCACCCCAACUACCUGUAUCGCAUGACAACCAUAUUCGCCAUCACAACCAUGGCACCCAGCCUAAGCGUGGCCGUCAUCACCUCUCCCUCGCCUCCCUCCUCCUCUUCCACUGAGGGCGACUCCACCUCGUCGUCGGUCCUAGGAACGGUCCUCUCCCUCUCAUCGGACCCGAUCCCCAACAUCCGCUUCAACGUCUGCAAAGCCUUUGGAGUCCUAUCUGCCGUCCUCUCCUCUGACCCUACUGGUCGCAGCGUGGUCUCUGAGCAGAUCCUCCCGGCAUUGGAGAGACUGAAAGCCGAUGGGGAUGCGGAUGUGCGCUUCUUUGCUGGUCAGGCGGGGGAGGUUGCGGCGAGGGCUGAGAAGGGGAAGGUGGAGUUGCCUAUUAGUGAGGCAAGGUUGGAGGAGAGGGGGACGAAUGCUGCUGAGGAGGUCGGGAAGGGAGGGGCUAAGCCGCUGGGGAGCGCGUAGAGGGAGGGGGUGCGGAGGAGGGGAGGAGGUAGAUGGAAGGUGGUGUGGUUUCAGUGCGGUGAAGUGAGGCAAUAGUGCGGAGACGUGUAGAUGGCUUUACGCUUCACGCUUGUGCUUCGGGCUGAGAGAUCGGGAUCUGAGCAUGAAUAUGAGACUUGGGUUUGAUCUUCUCAUACAGACAUGACACGAAAUGCAGCGUAACGACGACGAGGAGGAGGAGGAGGAGGAGGAGGAAGAAUGAU